AACUUAACGGAAACAUUUAAAACUUUUUUAACGAAACUUUUCAGAUUCUCAAAACACACUUUCCAGCCCAUCUUGUUCCUUUAUAAAUUUCUAGAUUGAUUUUUAAUGCUCAAUAUCUCUUAAACUCCCAGUGUAGCAACAUAUCAAGAUCAAAAUCUAUCAUUAAUUACAAAAUCAUUUUAACUUUCACUAAAGUUGAUUCUCCCCGGUUCAAAUUCAUAAUUUUCUUCGACUUAGAAUAAUUUUUAAAUUAAAUAUAGUGGUGAGCUCAGCUUGUGCAUCAUGAUUAAUAUCGCAUCAAAGGCUGGAAAUUAUCUAAGAGCAACAAACCAAGUCGUUGCUAAUGGCCUUAAACCACUAGCUGUUGCCGCACUGUCUGAAAAGAAAGUUUCUGGUGAUCAAAAGGAACAUUUGACAGUUUAUACACUCAGCAAUCAGCUUCCAGGGAACAAUGUUAGCAUCAAAACAGGAGUUGCUACAUCAACUCAAGUGCGAUUCGCUCACACUGAUGUCUCAGUUCCAGACUUUAGUGGAUAUAGACGUGAUUCGACGAAACGUGCUGCAGGCAAAGCUCAAUCAGCUGAGGAACGAAAGUCCUUCUCCUAUGCUCUUGUUGGAGCAACCACUGUUACAGCUGCAUACUCUGCAAAGGUUUUAGUCACAGAAUUCAUUUCAUCAAUGAGUGCCACAGCUGAUGUCCUUGCCUUGGCCAAGAUUGAAAUUAAGCUUGCUGACAUCCCAGAAGGCAAAAAUGUCACAUUCAAAUGGCGUGGUAAGCCACUGUUCAUUCGUCAUCGUACGCAAGAGGAAAUUUCAACCGAAGGAUCAGUCAAUUUGUCUGAACUCAGAGAUCCACAACACGAUAGUGAACGUGCAUCAAAUCCCAAAUGGCUUGUCAUUAUCGGAGUCUGUACUCAUUUAGGAUGCGUACCAAUUGCUAAUGCUGGUGAAUAUGGCGGAUAUUACUGUCCAUGUCACGGUUCUCACUACGACUCAUCGGGACGUAUCAGAAAAGGUCCAGCACCAUUGAAUUUGGAAGUUCCACCAUACGCUUUUCCAGACGAGGGACUCUUAAUUGUUGGUUAAAUUUAUUAAUUUAAAUACUUUUGUUCCAAAAAAAUCAAUGACAUCGUGCAUGAUUAGCAGCAAGUUUCUCACGAUGGGAUAAAUAAAUUAAUUAACUGUAAACGAAAAAAAAAAUAAACCAAGAUUAAACUAUAACAAUUGGCAAUUAUCCUUUAAGAACAA